AUGUCUGCUUACAACUUAUUGCCCCUUGCUUCCUUUUCUUUGGAAUUGAUCCCUGGUCUUCCAACUCCCCCAAUUGACGAUGAGUUCAACGUGUCUGUUCGUCUCACCAUGGCCGCCAUUGAUCCUAAUGACGCUGUUGAUGAUGAGAAGACCCCAUCUACUUUGAAGAUUAUCAAGCGUGUUAUUGAAGAUUACGACGAUUACGACGAUGAUCUCUUGGCCGCCUCCUCUGAUGAGGAUGAGGAUGAUGAAGAGGAAGAAGAAGAGGAGGAGGAAGAAGAAGAGAAGGCCUCCAAGAAGUCCAAGAAGUCCGAGGAUGAGGAUGAGGAUGAAGAAAUGGACGAUGAUGAGGACGAUGAGGAUGAGGACGACGAUGAAGAUGUCGAGACCUCUGAGACUGUUAUCUGUACUUUGUCUCCCAGCUCGCAAUUCCAACAAACUCUCGACUUGGUUAUCACUGCCGGUGAAGAGGUUCUUUUCGUUGUUGAAGGUUCUUACCCCAUCCACUUGACUGGUAACUACGUUGAGCACCCUUAUGACGAUGAAUCUGAUGACUACGAGGAGUCUGAUGAUGACGAGGAUCUCGAUGAUGAUGAGCUCGACUACGACCUUACUCCUGAUGAGGAUGAGAUUGACGAGGACAAGAUCCGUGAGCUUGUUGAUUCUGAGGAAGAAGAGGAAGAAGAGGAAGAAGAGAAGCCCGCUCCUAAGUCCAAGAAGGAGGCCAAGAAGGAGAACAAGAAGAGAGCUGCUGAAGCUGAAGAAGAAGAGGCUGCUGCUAAGAAGCAAAAGAAGGCUGACGGUAAGAAGGUCGCUUUCUCUAAGGAACUUGAGCAAGGUCCUACUGGUUCUGCUGCCGCUUCUAAGAAGCCCAGCACCAAGAAGCUUGAGGGUGGUGUCGUUGCUGAAGACAGAGUUGUCGGUGAGGGCCCUACUGCCAAGUCUGGCCAAACUGUCGGCAUCAGAUACAUCGGUAAGCUCGCUGACGGUAAGGUUUUCGAUUCCAACACCAAGGGAAAGCCAUUCACAUUCAAGCUCGGUGCUGGUGAUGUUAUCAAGGGUAUGGAUAUUGGUGUUACCGGUAUGGCUGUCAAGGGUGAGAGACGUGUUGUCAUCCCUGCUGCUCUUGCUUACGGUAAGAAGAAGCUCCCUGGCAUCCCUGCUAACAGUGAGCUGACUUUCGACAUCAAGGUUGUUAAGAUCAAAUAA